AUGGAAGGAAAGAUUGAGACUCAAACUAUGGACGCUAUGCCUGAGGGGAAGGAAGGUUCAUCUGUUAAGAUCAAGGUUCUGUUCUUUGCAAGAGCUCGAGAUCUUACCGGCUUGAGUGAGAUGCCAAUGGAGGUGUCAUCAGGUAGUUCUGCCCAUGAUUGUUUAAAUGAUCUUGUUGCCAAGUUUCCUAGCUUGGAAGAGAUCCGCGGGUGCCUGGUUCUUGCUCUGAAUGAGGAAUACACCACUGAGUCAGCAAUUGUUGGAGACAAAGAUGAGUUAGCCAUUAUACCUCCCAUAAGUGGUGGCUAG